AUGGCGAGCGAGAUUGCGCCUGACUGCCUGGAAGCACUAUCGCCUCGCAUGUGUCGGGUGGUACACACUGUGGCGAAGCGGAAGACUCACCCGAGCACUGUUGCUCGCAUCGCUGCGGCGCUACACGUGUGCAGCAUCCUUGCGGCAAUCGUUUUCUGGGACAGCGAGGAGGAGUUCAUGGCUACAGCGACAGGCCUCUUCGACGAGGAGCUGCAAGUGCACGCGUCAGAGCUGUGGCAAACAGCCAGCGCCGAGGCCGACAGCAUCGUAGCCGCCUUGGCCCGGAUCGCAUACGUAGCACGGAAACACUCCGCCCCCAAGGGAAACUCCCACGACGAGAGCGACCAAAUGGACGAAAACAAGCACCGUGCUUCCGAGAGACCAGGCAAGCGGUGCCGAGCCAUUCCAGCAGCGGUGCCGCUCUCUGCUUCCGCAGCAGACGUGGAAAAGAGCAAGCUGGAAAACGCGCUGCAGCUCGCUUUUGCCCUAGCCGACGACGUCGGCAUGGCGCAGCCAGAUUACGGCAGAUCAAAGAAAGCGUGCUUCCAGAGGAGCGGGGGGCAGUUCGGCACAGAUCAGCGCGAACGUUUGGAUGCGCAGGUGAAGGAGUACUACCACAUCGUCUGGCCUGCGCAGUGGCUCCCGGCCAACAGGCCCAUGGGCAAGCUCAAGCGGAUGCACGAGAAACACGCGGACUUCGUCCCCCGCCUCGAGGUGGACGUCAAGAGCAUCCUCGAGAAGGAGGUCGACCCGCUGUUCAAUACGUUCUUCUCCAAGCAGGGCGGGGUGCAGGCCGAGGCCGAGAGCGCCCGCGCGCCGGUUCAGGGCUUGACCAAGUUGCGAGAGCGGCACUUCCAGCUGAUGAUCGCCUACAACCAGGCGGCCGCCCCCGAGUUCGAGAACGCGUCGCUCACCGUCCUGCUCGAGCACCGCCAGUGGCUCAUGGAGAAGAUCAUGGACGUCAAGUGGUCGCCGGAGAUCGUGCGCGAUUUCCUCAAGGCCGAUUUCCGCACGCGCACCAAGUGGAUGUUGAGCUGGCAGCGGAGGGAGUUCACGACUUUCAAGGACGUGAUUACCCACCACCGCGGCCAGAGCGCCUACCUGUUCUCAGACGCCGGGGGCAGGAAGCGGCCCAGGGGCGAGUCGCAACCGCGAGGGCGCGCCCGCAGCCGCGGCCAGGGCGCCCAGACUCCCCGAGACGAGCAGCCGCGCAAGGCUUCAAAGCCAGGCGGCGCCGCCGGGGCGAGCCAGCCCCCUGCCUUCACCAAGGAGAACUGGCCGGGACUGGAGCGCGCGAACAAGAAGACUGGGCAGCCCUGGCGCCCGUUCUACAACGAGGCCACGGGCUGCCGGAAGGGCGCGGCGCGCCCAGACUCACACGAGCGCGACUACCUUGGGCGCGGCGCCAAACACUGCAGGGCCAAGAACCACCGCGCGGGUGCCGGGGCCCGCUUGCAGGGAACGGUCAGCGACAGCCCGCGGGCAGGCGUCAUUGAGCAGCCCGGCAGGCGCCGACUGAUGGCCCAGAUCGGGCGCGCGCUGGCGCUCGGCGAGCAGCCGCGUGGCAGAUGCUUCGAGCCGCUUAUCCAGCAAGGAUGCGGGCCCGAGGCGUUCUUCGAGCAGUUGCCUCGUCUGCAGCACCCGGCUGUUGCCCCCCCGCCAAUGCCUGCCGCGUGGAUGCAGGCCGCCAGCAGUAUGUUGGACCAUCUGGAUGAUUUUCGCAGCUGGCGAGAGACGCAGAUGCAGCCCGUCCGCGAUGCUGCUCGGCGCCUGACAGGCAUCAGAGAGCAGCGCGCCGAAAAGCUACACCCCUACGUCCAGAAGGCGAAUUCCGUCGAACAUCCACAUGUCAUAUGUUAUUUCGCGAGAGUGUGCUCGGGCAUUUUGCUUUGCCAUUACUCUGAUGACAUGUGGGACAUCGAGCCGGAACAUGCCGCCAAGCACUCCCAUGCUCUCGCGUUGGAGAUAAUGGACCUCAUCGGCUGGAGGUGCGACAAAAGCAAGAGCAAACCACCCAGCGAGCACCUUCGCCUACUUGGCGUGGAGCACCGGUUGGGCCUUGAGGCGACAGCUUGGCUCUGCGAGGCCACAAUUGACAAGCUGCUAUCUCAGAUCCGCGCCCGCCGAGCUACAGGGAGGGUGACAGCAGCAGACGCCUCGACGCUGCACGGCUCGUUCAACUGGGUGCGCUCGAGUCUCUGGGGCCGGCGUGGAGCAGCAGUGCUGGCGCCGCUGCGAGCCCGUCAGAGGAGCGGCAACUUCCUCGGAGUCAACAGCGCCAUGCUCGCCGUGUUCAGGGGCCCAGAGAACGCGCUGGCGAAGUGGGCGCAGCAUGCCUCCAACACGAUAGCUCCAAUCGAGGGUGUGGGGCCACUGCUUGCCUUAGCCGCGUGGCCGGGCCUGGGGCAUCGACUCUGGAUCCACUUCAUAGACAACGCGGACGCCAUGCACGCGCUGAUCAAAGGCAACAGCGUGAACGCAGAUCUGAACAACGCGAUGCACGCCACGUGGAAGAUGGUCCACCGGCGACGACUGCAUCUGUGGGUCGAGUAUGUCAAUGCCCACGACAAUCCGGUGGACAAGGCCAGUCGAGGGUGCGUGGACGACCUCUACGACCAAGGCGGGCCGGUGUGUGACGCGGUCGCCGACGCGGUCGUGGGGGCGCUGCGCGAGGCGGUGGAGGGCUGUGUCGGCGGGGGAGCCGCGAUAGGGCUGGUGCUGCUCGCGCUGCUCGCGGGGUUCGCGGUGGUGCGCUACGCAGGGGGCGACCUCUGGCACGAGCGGAUCCUGCUGCACCCAGCAGCCAGUGAGACGGCUGGCGCCGGGCUUCCAGGAGCCUGCUGGGUGGUGUACACCCCCGACCGUGACAUGUACAUCGAGGAGCUUGAAGGAGGAUCGCCCGACGACAGCCCCGUCGAGUGGCUGGAGAUGCCGCGCGACUUGCGGCUGCCCAGUGGGCUUGGGCGGGCGUAUCGCUUUGAGGAGUCGCCGACGGAGGAGGCGAUGAAGGGCCUCUAUCGUCGGGCCUUCUCGGCCGCCCAUGCCGAUGCGGAGGCGCGCGGUGUGCAGCUGGAGACGCCGGCGGCGGUGCGAACUGCAGCAGGGCGAGACGUGGCAGUGCAGGAGGCGCUCGGGGCCAACUUCUUCGGUGGCCGACGGAUGACGGGCAAGAGACCUCCUCUCGGUCUGGACCUCGGAGGAGAUCACGGGGGCCACCCUGGAACGGCCGCAGCGGCCGCGGAGGGCAUCGGCGACAGCGGCGCCCCUGGGCCUGCGGUUGAGGGGACCAGCACGCCACGGUCGAGCGGACGUGUAUGGCGAGCAGCCGAGGCCGACGAGCUUUGCCGCAUCGCGCUGGGAGACGAGUUGGGGCCUCCUGCGCAGUCUCUCUGCGGCAAGGGGCUGUGCCUUGCAGCGCCCGGGCGAGCCGUGGUGGUGCACCUGACGGGGCUCGACCAGGAUUCCUUCGUGAUGAGCCUGCGCAGUGGCGAGGGCCACCCCUUGAGCGCUGGCGCCGGGAACGGGGGAGGAGGAGAUGCCCGAACACUGACGGUGAAGAGUGGGCCGCGGGGCCGAGGCCGUGAGUGGCGCGAGGUCGUGGACGCCUGCGAGGAGGAGCCGUUCGGUGACUUCCCCGUGGCAGGGCCCCGGUCAGCUUGGUGGUGCUUGGAUUUCUUGCGGCGGCGGCGCACCCCUACGGAUCACCAUUUGAUGUUCAAGACGACGGCGAGGCUCCAGUCGGAGCAGUGGGGGGUGCAAGAGCAUGAGCAGCUCAUGAAGUACAUCGAGCUGGCGGGCACUUAUGAUCAGCUGGACCUCAGCAACUGCGCCUUCGCCGAGGCCAUUUUUCGGCGGGCGCAGACCAUCGAGUGGAGCUACCACGAUCGUUUGCGUGAGGCCGACUCGGCUAGCUCCAAGGACAAGAUGAGUCCCGAGGAGUUCUCGGCGUUCAGCGGCUUCAGCAAGGCUGGGGACCUUCUGAUGGUGGCCCCUACGCUCCUCGAGUUCGUGAAGGGCCAGGUCGAGAAGGACGCCGCCAUCAUGAAGAACAUCAGGAAGGCCCGAGAAGAACGAGAGCUCCGUCGCAAAGCCCUCCGUGAGCUCCGCGGUGCUGGUGUGUACGAGGACAUCGACUCGCCAGUCGUCAGCUUCGACGAUUCCCUCGUCUCGCUGCCCGAGGCCGGCAACGUUCCUGUGCCGCUUGGGGAGCUGGUUGCAGGCGUGGGCGAUCUAGAUGUCGAGGCAUCAAUACACGAGCAGCUCCUUCCACGCAAGGAUGCGGAGUCCAACCUCUCUGAGGCUCCGCGACUGCCGUACAUGGAUGCUGUCCUCCGAGCUCAGCCACAUGCCUAUGCUGGGUUGGUGCGGCGCUUGCAGGCGGCGGGAAUGGUGACUUUCUCUGCCGCGCCACGCGAGAGGUGCGGCCUCUUCUUCGUGCGUAAGAAGUCUGGCAAGCAGCGCAUGGUGAUUGACUGCCGACGGGCUAACUGCUGGUUCAAGAGGCCUUCGACAGUCGCGCUGGCGACAGGCUCUGCACUUGGAGAGCUAGCCGUGCCAGAGGGUGAGCAGCUCUACGUCGGUCACGUUGACAUCUGCGACGCCUUCUAUCACUUUGGAUUGCCUGAGGCUUUUCGGGAUUACUUCGCGCUGCCAGCGGUGAAGGCAGGUGAUGUGGGGCUGAGUGUCCUAGGUGGAAGGUCCCUCGCGCCUGGCAGCCGUGUGUGGCCAGUCCUGGCGGUGCUGCCCAUGGGCUGGUCGCAUGCGCUGUAUUGGUGCCAGACCAUUCACCGCGGGAUCGUGAGCUCCAUCCCCGCGCUGCUCGACGUCCCGUUCAUGUCAGACAAGAGUGUAGCGCCGCCGGUGCAGCCACUGGCGAUGACCAUAUAUGUGGAUAAUUUUCUCGCCUUGGGCACAGAUCCCGAGGCCGUUUCCCGCGCAGUGAAGCUCGUCAACGCAGCCUUGACGUCCAGAGGACUUCGCAUGGCGCUCGAUUGUCUUACAAGCAAGGCCGUGGUGAGUCCAAAAGAAGUUGAGAAAGUGUUGGGCCAUUGUACCUUUGUAGCACUUCUUUGCCGUGAGUACUUGUCGAUCUUCAGGUCCGUCUAUGCCUUUAUUCGGCGGCUGGGCCACUGUACCGCGGUCCCUCUCUGGGAGUCCGUCCGCUGGGAGCUAAAUACGUUCUCGAGUUUGCUGUGUCUGAUUUCCAGGAAGCUGCAGGUGUCAUGGAGUUCUAAGGUGAUGUGCACGGACGCGUCCUUUUGGGGCUUCGGACUGGUCUGCAAGGACCUCGACAAGGACCUCGUGGGCUCGAUGGGCUGUUUCUCCGAACGGUGGCGCUUCUUGGGCGACAACAAGGUGCUCUCCAGGGCUUGGGCUGCAGGCUCCGAUGACGACGGGAUCAUGACAAAGCCUCUAGAGAGCUCCAAGGACUUCCAGCAGUUCGUGGGGGAUGAGGAGGCUAACAACGAGGCCCGCACGCGGGCCGCUGGACGUCUUCCCGAAGCGGUUCGCGAGGAAGGUUGGGCGGUGGUGGGCUCGCACAAGUGGGGAUCUCCGCCUGACAACAUCGUGGAGGGGGAAGCCAGGGCUAUCGCUUUUGGGGUAAAGCACAUCUGCAGAUCCACGAAGGCCUUUGACUGUCACCACCUCCUGCUCUCCGACUCCCUCUCGUCCGUCUUGGCCCUGGGCAAGGGCCGAUCCUCGGCCCCCGGCGUCAGCGGCGCGCUGCGCUCCGUGGGCUGCGGCGCGCUGGUUACGCUCGUGCUGGAAACGGCCAGGCUGGAGCGUCGCCAGGCGGCGGCCCAGGCGGAGGAGGCCCGCUCGGUCCUGCGGAUCCGCUCAGUGCCGCCGAGCCGGGCGACGUCAGCACAGUCGCUUCGGAGGCCUCUCUGCGUCGCCCUGGCUGGCUCGCCACCGCUCUUCAAGGCGCAGGCUACGCCUGCGGUCGACGUGGUGGAGUGGCGGAAGCUGGCCCGGGGCGGAGCCAAGCUGGCCGAAGCGGAGACGCUGGACGUACCACAGCUGAGCACAGUGCGGACGCAGACAGUGACGUCCAGGUUCCAGCAGGUGGGCGCCGAGGUCAACGACUGGCUGGCAGAGCAAGGGUUGCAUACGCAGCCGACGCUCUCCCUCGACGGCCAGAGAGGGAUCCCGCUGGCUCCCGAGGCUGCCGCCGAGCUGGACGGCAGACUCGCGGGGAGAAUGUUGGGGCAGUACCUGGAGGGCGUCGAGUCGCGGCCCUGCGAGACGGCAGAGUUCGACGAGAACCCCGUGCUGGACCGCCGCAGCGUGCUCCGCGAGGUUCUCUGA